GCGUCGAGUGCGGGCUGCCAGUUCGCGCGCACCAGUGAUAGAGCGCAGUCAAUAGACCCGCGAUUAUCAAUCGAAUCACUAUUUUUGUUCUGUGUUCACUCGACGCGAAUGAUAAGCCGGCAAAGUACGUGUGCACCUGGCGCGCGCCACUAUUGAGACGGAACGCUAUAAGUGCUGUGACCAAUUUCCGAACGGAGUUUCCAAAUUUAAAUUUUUUAAAUCUAGACGAAUGACUGACAUUUCGCUAUCGUUGUUGGUGGACCGUGAGAAACAAGGGGGCGCCAUGGAAAGUUGUUACAAACUAUACACAUGGAUCAACCACACGCUUCUCAUGUUAUUGCUGCAGAUAUUUUGGAAAAUGAGCCAAAUAUCGGACUAUUUUAAACAAAAGUCAGUGGAGGAGAACAAAACUCGGACUUUCGUUUUCACACCCCUCACAAAGGAGUACAAGUACAGAAGGCACAUACGCUCCAUGUCAGAUGUACAGAGCAGUACUCCAUACAGACUACCGUUCAGGUCCAAGAAAAACUUCUCCCUCACUUACGACUCUGAUACGCGCACAAGAACUAUCAUGGCUUACAACAGACAAAAAAUCGAAUCGUCAGACUCUAGCGACUACUGCGAACAACCAAAAAGGAAGAGCAUAGAGUAUAACAUCGUGAAACACUCGGAUUCGAUGAGAAUUCUAUAAGAUCUGAUGCUUUGAAUGACUCGCCGGUCAGGCUAAUGCGCAACAUGGAUGUGAGCUAGUAUUUCUGAUACAGAAAAAUAGGUUAACUCUACGCACACAAACGGAAUCAAUUGGCUGAUGCAUAUCUUUGAGUUUAUUGACGAUGUAAGAAUGAAAUGGUGCCUGAUAUGUAUUCUAUUGCAUAGAAAUAAAUCUAUAGAUUUUACUUUAAAAACAACAGUAGUAAUCGACUUCAAGAAUAUUUGUAAGUUUACUGUUAGUCCAUUUUAGGCCUUAGCUUGCGUUUCUCAGAGGACACAAUUUUAGUUGAUGGAUGUCAAGGGGGGGUUAGAAGAAAGUAGAAGCUUAACUCUAAACACCACUCUUGUCCCAUAGCCGCCAU